AUGGCCUCUACUCUCGAUAUUUCGGCAGCUCGCUCUCACUUCCCUGCACUGCAGCAGGAGCAAGUGUACAUGGACAACGCUGGUGAGACAAACCUCCAUUUUUAUGGCCCCGAUGACUUUGAGAUUAUGCUUAUUAUCAGCAUCGGUAUCUCAACCACCCAGCUACUACACAAUCUCGCUACGGCGCUUAAAUUCCAACCUGGUGAUGAACUGGUCCUAUCCAAACUUAACCACGAGGCGAACACCUCCCCGUGGGUCCACAUAGCAGAGAGGUUGGGCUUGACCGUAAAGUGGUGGGCUGCUUCCGACCCAAAGAAUCCAGUGUGCGAUCCAGUUGAGUUGAAGUCCCUGCUCUCCGAUAAGACCAGACUCGUAGCAUGCCCUCAUGCUUCCAACAUUACUGGCACUAUCAGUCCCAUCCGAAAUAUUGCAGACGUUGUUCAUGUUCACUCUCGUGCACUGCUGUGUGUGGAUGGAGUCGCCCUGGCUCCGCAUCGUCAGGUUGACGUGAAGGCGUUGGACGUGGAUUUCUACGCAUUCUCCUGGUACAAAGUGUAUGGACCACACUUGGCGCAACUAUAUGCCUCAUCACGCGUUCACGACCAGAUCCAGUCACUGGGGCAUUUCUUCAAGCCCACAGAUACACUAGACCUGAAGCUUAACCUCGCAUCGGCUAAUUAUGAGCUUACACAGAGUAUUCCCGAGGUUGUGGAGUACUUUGGCUCCGACCCUAGCACGACCUGGGCCCAGAUGGCCGAGCAUGAGGAGCGCCUGCAACAGAUUCUACUGGAAUUCCUAGCUUCUAAUAGCCGGAUUGAUGUUAUCGGUGAACCUUCGGCCAGCAAGGAGCUCCGCGUGCCGGUUAUUAGUUUCGUUGUGCAGGGAGCGGGCAGCCAGCGCCUUGUGGAGGAGGUCGAGCGUCGAUCGGCUUUUGGGUUCCGCAGCGGUCAUAUGUACAGCCACCGGCUACUGGCCGACGUGUGCGGAUUGGAGGAUGUCGAGGAUGGGGUGGUGCGGGUCAGCUUCCUGCACUAUAACACCGGUGAGUGGGUAUCUCGAUUGGACGAUACUAACAAGGACAGAGGCCGAAGUACGGGGGCUGGUAGAGGUAUUGCGAGAGGUACUCGCAUUGUUGUAGUUGUAGAUAGCUUGCGUACACGUACUAUAACCAUCUGGAUACAUUUCAUCAAGACUAUACAUGCCAUGAAGACCUUUUCCAAUUUUGUCAACUUUGUCCGAUUUUGUGGAUUUUGUCGUUUUUCCCACUACAUCCAGAUCGCAUAUUUUGCCACCUGGCUGCCCUGUAGUGGUGAUCUCGGACACUUGAACUUUCUAGAAAUCCAUCAACUUGAAGCCUAA